AUGCUAAGAGAUAUACUCGCUAGGUGGUACCCUUUCGCGGAAUGGAAUAAGCUUCGCGCUGUUGCCCUCUUUUGCGUGUGGCUUUUUGUUUGGGACGACGAGAUUGACAUGAGUGAAGGCCAGUUUCACGGAGACUUCGAGAAGGCGCAAGCCAAUUUUCAGUCAACUCUUGAAUUCACUCGUUGGGCAUUGGGCCUUGAUAGUAGUGAGAGUCAGCAGCCUGACGAGGAGGUCGGAGAAGGCAUUCCAUGCUCUACCAUAACAAGAGGUCUAUUUGGUGCGUUUGGCGCCCUGUUCCGCCAGGAUGCAGCUCAAGAAACCAAAGAGCGUCUGUACCGCGAGAUCGAAUUUUACAUCGGUCAAGUGGCUAAGGAGCAUGGGGUUAAUAUCCGUCGACAAAUUUUGUCUACGGAUGAUUAUCUUGAUAUCCGACUAGGAACUUCUGGAUCCUACACCUUGACGGCCUUUCUCGAUUACACGACCAGCACCAGUAUUCCCUCGUUUAUUAUGGAAUCGGAGGAAAUGAAGUCUCUCAGAUAUGAGGAGAAUAUCAUGACAAUCCUCAUAAACGACAUAUAUUCAUUGAAGAAAGAGAUGGUACCCAAAUUCCCUAGCCGUAUGCCAUUCAGUUUACGAGUUAACUCGCUGCAGAAGUACGGUGUUCUGACGAGCAUGCUGCCGAUCGAAUAUAAUGCCUCUGACCAUAAAGAUCUUAGCCGGAUCAUGAAUCAAACCAUGACAAGGAUGGAGCAGUCAUCCAAAGCAUUUGAUGAAGCGGCUAAAGAGCUUAAAAAGAUGGCGAGGUCAGGACGUUAUGAUGAUGACACGAUCGUGGAAGGCCUAAGCAGCUGGAUAGCAAACAGCCGAACGCUUUUGACGGGCUGUCUGGAGUACCACUUGAAGACCAAAAGGUACAGUAUGGACUCUUACCUACAAUCCGAUGGCACUGUCAACCUCACUCUAUAA